AUGCGCCCAACAUCAACCUGUUCCAGCAUCGCCAUCGCACAUCAGCUGAUUCAUAUUGCGCCAGCAGCAUGCGCAACGAGCAGACUCGCACUUCCACCAGCACGCAUUCUGAUUGCUCACGCUGGUCUGGCAUCGGCGCACUCGCGCUCGCGCUCGCGCUGGUUAAGCAGCUCGUCUGUGUUGCGAGAUGAGCAUCAAGGCGAGCAGCACCGCGGCGACAAGAAGCAGCAUCAGCAGCAGCAACAACAACAACAGCAACAAGAUGCACCUCGUCUCUUGCAAGGUCUCUCAUCCACCGCUGCGCUAUUCGGUGUGUGUUACGUCGGCUUCAAUCGAGAAAAGGUGUUUGCCGAUGGGGAUGCUUGGAUAGAGGAGGAGCAGGAGCAGGCAUCAUCCUGCAUAGCCAGAUUGCAUCAACGAUUCGGCAAGCAAGUGUCGACAAAGUUGGAGGAUUUGGAGGUGCACGGUGCAAGUCCAUGGUCUUAUCACCCAGCCGCACUGCCCUUGGCCAUCAUCUACCCUGCAAGCGUGGAGGAUGUGGUGGAUGUGGUGCGCAUCUGCUCCCAUACCCGCACGCCCAUCGUCCCUUAUGCCGGAGGAACAUCCUUGGAAGCCCAUGCUGCUCUGCACGGUGCUGUCUGCGUCGAUUGGAGGGACAUGGCGAGCGUGAUCAGCGUGAAUGCGGAGGAUGGCGAUGUUCAUGUGCAGCCUGGUCUCAGGUCAGUCUGAGCGGGCGAGCGAGCGAAAGGAUAACUCACAAGCGCAUCCAACUCCGUACACUCAUGCCAUUGCCCCCCAUCGCGCCUUUCCCUCCUCGCUCAGAUACGAAGAUCUGAAUGCGCACCUCAAAUCGCUCGGUUUGCAGCUCUUUUUUCCCGUGGAUCCGGGACCUGGCGCUCAGAUCGGUGGAAUGUGCGCAUCGGGGGGCAGCGGUACGAAUGCGGUGCGAUAUGGCACGAUGAAGGGCGACUAUGUGCUCUCGCUGGACGUGGUGCUGGCAUCUGGCGAGGUGAUACGAACGCGAAGUCGAGCUCGCAAAUCCAGCGCAGGACCGGAUCUGACCAAAUUGUUCCUGGGCAGCGAAGGGACGUUGGGAUUGAUCGUGGGCGCUACGCUGCGUUUGGCUCCGCUGCUGCCCAUCAGCGUUGCUUGCGUCUCUUUUCCUAGCGUCGAGAAUGCCGUUUCGGCUGCUCAUGCGCUGCUCAAUACCGGUGCUAAUGUGCAGUGCGUCGAGCUGCUGGACGAAGCGAUGAUUCGAGCCAUCAAUGCCGGCGACGGCGACGACGACGACGACGAGCAAGCCGCACCGCAUCCUCUCGAACCUACGCUCUUUGUCAAAUUUGCAGGUACAGAUGCGCACAGGACAGAGGAUGAGAGGUUGUUGAGCAUCGUCGCUUCCAAAUAUGGAGCGAAUAGAGAAGCUCGAUUUGCGCGCAAAGAAGCAGAGAUGGAGGAGUUGUGGAGCGCUAGGAAGCAGGCGCUUUGGGCCGCUUUGGAGUUUGCGGGAGAGGGCAAGAGGUGCUGGACUACGGAUGUGUGCGUGCCCAUUUCCAAAUUGCCGCAAUUGGUCAAGCGCGUCAAGCAGGAGACGAACGAUGCUGGCAUUUAUGGUCCCAUUGUCGGUCACGUGUGAGUGGAGAGGAGGGGGGGAGGAGGAAGGGAGGGUGGAAUUGUGGAAUUGUGGAGAAGGAUUUUGCGGGGGGUGAGGGCAAAAAGUCGAACGAUACGCGAUAGAGCACAGGCAUGCCACCUUUCCUUGCUCGAGCCGAGCGGUAAUUUCGGAUGAUUGACUCGCUCUGCACCACCCACCCCCGCCCCCGCCCACGGCUGCCAAUUCGAUGCAGCGGCGAUGGCAAUGUCCACUCGUUGCUGAUGUUCGACGAGAGCAAGCCAGAAGAGGUCAAGCGUGUCAAGCAGUUGGUCUACUCUGUGAGUGCGAGCGCGCACUGCGAGCAGGGCGACUUUGAGCGGCGCGGUUGCGAAAAUUUUCCCGCCCGCCUUUCCCACGCAACACACACUUGACAUUUUUCUCUACUACUACUUGCGCGCCUUUUCUCCCACCCGUCCGACAGUUUGCGCACGCCGCACAAGCGUUGGGAGGGACGUGCACGGGGGAACACGGGAUUGGUAGAGGCAAGCGAGAUCUGCUCGAGCGCGAGCUUGGCAAAGGCACCGUGGACCUCUUGCGUACGCUAAAGCGCACGCUGGACCCUCUCAACAUUAUGAACCCAGGAGCAUUGUAUCCAGACGAUCGAUGUUGA